GCUCAAUGUCUGGUAGUUGUGAGAGUUCAGUUCCCUGGGUGGGUGUCCAUGCAGCACGGGACGUUUGAACUCAAUGCUUUGUCUUGUUUUUGUUUGUUUGUUUGUUGUUGCAGUACUAUGUUUUUUGCAACAAAAUAAACUUGGAAGAUGAUUCUGCAUUUCGAACUGUAAGUUGGUGUGGGAGUCAGACAGACAUUGGGACCCAUCGAGAUGUGCAGCUUGAUUCUCAGGAGGGACAGGAAGUAGACAUUCCAGGAGGUGCUGAGGAUCGUCAAGAUGGCCUCCAUCGCCAACCCGGUUCACAGCCAAAAUGCGCCGGAAUAGAGUGUGGCAGCGGAGAUGUGGGGCGGCGUUGCCUUGGUGAUCAUUUACACAACAUUACUGGAAAAGAAGCCGGGUGUCGACGAUGUAAAGUCCAAAGUCAAAGAGACCGAUUUGGAGCUGAUCAAGGCAGAGACCAUGAGCCUUCAGGGGACAGCACUCUUCUCUUAUGGAGUCAUGGAGACCGGCAGCAGGUGGGGUCUGGGCCGGGGGUGUUGUGGAGCCCUGCCUCACCAGAGACCCUCAGUGGAGUCCUGUUGCCUGGAGAACCUGUGGGAUGUCCUGCCCUCCGAGGUUCUACCCCGCCACUACUACCCGAGCUCAGUCAGAGACGCGGGACUGGGUCCCACCAGCACCACCUCCAUCCCGGGCACCAUCACCAGCCUGCUACAGGACCUGAGCCUGGGUGAGACGUCAGCCGCCGCAGCCUCCUCACCCUCCGCCGCUCCACCCUCCAAACGCCAGUGCCGCUCCGUCUCCUGCUCAGAGGACCUGGGAGGCCGGUCGUCGGCCUGGAGGCCCCAGGGGUCCGGGGUGUGGACGGCUGUGGCGAAGAGGCGAUCCCACAGCGGAGGAAGUGUCCAGAGAGGAUUUGCAACAGGAGGAGGGACGCGCUCUCAGCAGCUAGGGUUCCCUGUCAUGCAGCGUAGCUUCAGCUUCAGCCUGCCAGCUCGCUCCAACACCCUCUCCCUGGAUCUCACUGGCUUCACCCCCUGCCCUUCCUACUUCAGUGGCUUAGCCCCUCCCUCUUACUCCUCCCGGUCCUCCGAGCCCCCCAGGUCCUUCCUCUACCUCUCUCAUGAACAGAUCUGCCUCCCAGAGAUCCAGGGAGUGCCGGCGUCGCCCCUGAGCUCCCCAGACUCCACCCCAGAGAUGAAGCGCCGUGCUGGGCAGGGGGGGCUGGCCCGGAGUUGCUCUCAGCCCUGCGUCCUCAGCGACAAGAAGACUGGUAUGAAGCGGAGGAGACCAGCCGACUCUCACAAACAGAGGCCUUCUCUGGACCUGACCAAGAUGACACAGAAACUUCGGAAUUUCCAAAGCCUCAGCUGCCCUGGGAUCACUGGGGACCACAGCUAUCAAUCAACCCAGGUCCCGCCCCCUCUGAGGACCACUGACCAAUGUGAGACUGACUUCACCUCUGCAGGCGAUCAGGGAUUGGACGAGCCAACCGCCAGCUCCAAAGAUGGCGGAGUUGUCACUAGUGUCUCUGGGGAAGAGGAUCUAGCCAUCUCCAUCGAGGAGCUGGAUUGGCUGAGCUCCCCGGUCUGCGACGACGUGACAGAAGGGGCAGCCACUGGCACCAGGAAGGAUGUGUAUCAGCUGGGAGGAGAUCUGGACAUCGAUCAGAUCGAGAGGAACUGAACCCGGGUCGUUUUCAUUAGGCACCAAACGGAACAAAACAGACUGAAACGAGGACAGAGAACCUGGAUAUGUCCAAUGAGAAAUGCUGCAAAAUGUUAAUGUUUUUUUUUCCUCAUGUUCCCGAAUGAACAUGACCCUGAACUAUUCGUACCACCCUCAGGAGAAUGGGACUGAAUGACCCUGAACUAUGACAGGCUUAAAGGACAAAGACAAGUAGACUACAGUAGUCCUUGUGAAGAGACCAGACUCCUGCUCUGACUAAACCCUGUAGACUACAGUAGUCCAUGUGAAGAGACCAGGCUCCUGCUCUGACUAAACCCUGUAGACUACAGUAGUCCUUGUGAAGAGACCAGGCUCCUGCUCUGACUAAACCCUGUAGACUACAGUAGUCCAUGUGAAGAGACCAGGCUCCUGCUCUGACUAAACCCUGUAGACUACAGUAGUCCUUGUGAAGAGACCAGGCUCCUGCUCUGACUAAACCCUGUAGACUACAGUAGUCCAUGUGAAGCGACCAGGUCAUGUCUCUGGGAGUGAAAGGUGAAGGAGGGUCUCUCUUUGUCGUCUGUCUGGACUAUCAGCAUUUCUCUCGUAGCCUGAAUGCCUUAUCUACAACGAUGUACUGGUUUGUAUAACGAUGUACUGGGUAUGAACAGAAUAAACAGCUGGUUUGUA